AUUCAACUUUCGCAUUCAAUCUUUGUAACUGACAGAUAAAGGAGAUAAUAGCUCAUCUUUCCUCUCGCAUUCUCUCUCUGUCACACUAUCAACAAAACAAACGAUGCAGAAGCCAAUAAUAGCAACAACCCUUUUCGUCAUUUCGCUUCUUCUCCAUUUCUCCCUUUCUCUCAAGGAAGGACAAAUAUGCGUAGCAGACAGGAACUGCAACGCGGGUUUGCACUGUGAAACGUGCGUGGCCAAUGCAAACGUUCGACCAAGAUGCACACGUAUCCAACCAACCAACCCCACUUCAAAGGUUAAGGGGUUGCCAUUUAAUCGGUAUUCAUGGCUCACCACGCAUAACUCGUUUGCGCUUUUGGGUCAGAAAUCGAAGACCGGUUCUGUUAUUCUGGCUCCCACGAAUCAGCAGGACACGAUCACAAGCCAACUUAACAAUGGAGUACGAGGGUUGAUGCUUGACAUGUAUGACUUCGAGAAUGAUGUUUGGCUGUGUCAUUCAUUUGGGGGCCAGUGCUACAACUACACAGCUUUUCAACCUGCCAUCAAUGUUCUCAAGGAGAUUCAAGUAUUUCUUGAUGCAAACCCAUCAGAGAUUGUUACUAUUUUUAUUGAGGAUUAUGUUACAUCACCAAAAGGCCUAACAAAGGUGUUUGAUGCUGCUGGACUUAGAAAAUACUGGUUUCCAGUAUCUAGAAUGCCUAAAAAUGGUGGAGACUGGCCACAUGUAGAUGAUAUGGUGAAGAAAAAUCAGCGUUUAUUAGUCUUCACUUCAAAAUCAUCUAAGGAAGCUUCUGAAGGGAUAGCCUAUGAGUGGCGAUAUUUAGUAGAAAACCAAUAUGGAAAUGGAGGCAUGAAGGCUGGUUCAUGCCCAAAUCGGGCAGAAUCACCAGCUAUGAACACAACAUCAAGAUCACUAGUUCUAGUGAAUUACUUCAGAGAUUUUCCAGAUGUAACUAAAUCUUGCAAAGACAAUUCAGCUCCUUUGCUUAACAUGGUCAACACUUGCUAUGAAGCAGCAGGCAAACGUUGGCCAAAUUUCAUUGCUGUUGAUUUCUACAAGAGGAGUGAUGGAGGAGGAGCCUCAGAAGCAGUAGAUGUUGCUAAUGGUCAUCUAAUAUGUGGGUGUGGAAGCAUAGCCACCUGCAAGGCAAACAUGACCUUUGGAGCAUGUCAGUUACCUGAGGCUGAAGCAACUGCUCCACGUGCAGGAGCACGUGACUCUAGCUUUGGCAUUCCAAAUUUCAAGCCAGUUGAUUUGUUGUGGUCUUUGGCCACCCCUGUCUUUGGGGCCAUGUUUGUGGCACUCUGAACAGACAUUCCCCUUAAUAAAAUGCAAGUAGAAGAGAGUAGGAGAAAAGUGUGAAGAAACCAUUUUUUGGGUUACGCUGAAUGGCGUGUGAACAUUGAUUGUUUAGAAUAGGAUUAUGUGGGAUUUGGUGCAUUGUGAUCGCUUUAAUUUUAUUUUAUAGUCUUAGUAGGUAUGCAAUGGGCUCGCUAACUUAAUAUUGCAAAAUUAUGAGUGUCAACAUGUGGUAGGAUUUAACCCAAAAAAAUGUGGUAGGAGGUAUGGUACGAUAGAGUUAACAAUGCACUUAAAAGAAAACAAUGGAGGUGAAUUUCGG